AAAUUUAAUUGGGCCUCGAAACAAAUACCAAACAGCGGGUCUAAACCAACAAAAGAAAUGGGGCUAAAAUAUCCGAAAGAAGAUUGCGAUUUGCGAGAGAUUUUGAAGAAAUGAGGCUAAGCUUCAUUCGACCCAUUUCAUGUUGCUCUGUUUCAUCUCCAGCUACCUCACUGAAACUUCAAAAACCGCUAUUUUUAAGGCCACCCACCUUCAAAACAACCAUAUCAGACCUCAAAAAAUGGCACCUUUGGGCUAAAUCCCUAACUUCUUCUGUGGGUUCCACUUUCUUGGAACUGGACAAUGGCCCAGACUCCGAAUUGUUGCUCAGAGAGCUAAAUUGGCUUGUUGAAGAUGCAAUUCAAACACCCAAAUCGUUCUUGCAACAACCCCAAAAAAAUUACAAUGAUAAUAGCUCUGUUUCAAUUCGGGCGUCUUUGGAAGAACUAUAUAUGUUGUGGAAACAAAGGGUAGAAGAAAGAAGGCCAUUUCAGUAUGUGGUUGGUUGUGAACAUUGGAGGGAUUUGGUUUUGAGUGUUCAAGAAGGGGUUUUGAUUCCAAGGCCAGAGACUGAGCUGAUUGUGGACCUUGUGGAUGAUGCUAUUAAGGAGACUGAUGAGUUGAGGGAAGGAUUGUGGGCUGAUUUGGGGACUGGAAGUGGUGCACUUGCUAUUGGGAUUGCAAGGAUUUUGGGUAGUUCUGGUAGAGUUGUUGCUACUGAUUUAAGCCCUGUUGCUACUGCAGUUGCAUCUUAUAAUGUGCAGAGGUAUGAAUUGGAGGAAAAAGUGCAUGUAAAGCAAGGAUCUUGGUUUGAGCCUUUGAGAGAUGAUGAAGGACAAUUUGUGGGACUGGUCAGUAAUCCACCGUAUAUUCCAAGCAAAGAUAUUGGUGGACUACAAGCUGAAGUUGGUAGACAUGAACCUCAACUAGCGUUAGACGGUGGAGCAAGUGGUAUGAAUGACCUUAUCCAUCUCUGUGAUGGAGCUGUUUCAAUGUUGAAACCUGGCGGUUUCUUUGCAUUUGAGACAAAUGGUGAUGAACAGAGCAAAUUCCUAGUCCACUACAUUGAGACUAAGAAGCAAGGUAACUUCUCUAAAGUGAAGAUGGUACCAGAUUUUGCUGGCAUCCAGAGAUUUAUAACAGGAUUUAGAGGAAGAUGAACUGUGGACGUUAGCCAAAGAAAUUAUACGAGGGAACGAAUGUGGAAGAGCCAAGGGUUUGGAGGCUACAGAUUCUGUUCUCUUGGGUUUGAACAAUUCAGUUUUGAUCGUUGGACUUAUAUUAUCUCAGAUUGUCUCUGAUCUUGUGCAAAGAAUCUUUUACAGUCUCUAGUAGGCAAACUUCAGUGUACUCUGAACAAAGUGAUUAAAGGCUAGUGCAAGUUUGAAAACAAAAGAAAAACUAUUAAACUCUUUGCAAUUUAUGAAAGAAAUUAGGAUCAGAUUUUACAUCA